ACUCAAGCGCUGCUGCUGGUAGUAGUUUAUGCGAGGAACUCCCGAACUACUUCGGCAACCCGUUAUAACGGUCGACAUGGCGACCGAGGAAAUAAUCAAGCGUUUUCUUAAGAAAAGAUGAAGAUAGCAGAUACUCCGUUUCAGGUCUCACACCAUGUGAUGAUCACCCGGGACGUGUGAACUUAUUUAAAAACUCCUGUGUUGAGAAGAUUUUUUGAUUCCAGUGGAAUCUUCCAUUUUUCCUCCAUCUGUUUUGUUCCUUUUUGUUAAAUGAAACGCCCAAUCGCACACACACCUAGAAGAAACCCCCCCAGCUUUUUUUACAUGUAGAACACCCUUGCUACGAUGCCUGUACAAGCUCCACAAUGGACAGAAUUUUUACUGUGCCCCAUAUGCACCCAAACAUUCGAGGAGACGGUGCGUCGGCCCAUCAGUCUGGGUUGUGGCCACACCGUUUGCAAGAUGUGCCUCAACAAGCUGCACCGCAAGGCCUGUCCAUUCGACCAGACGACCAUCAACACUGACAUCGAGCAGUUGCCUGUCAACUCGGCCCUGUUACAGCUGGUCGGGGGUCAGGUGCCCAAACUGCAACCUGUGGCACUCAUUACCAGUCCAGAGGACACCAAGCAUUAUGAGGAGGCACGGCAGUGUGUUGAGGAGCUGGCCCUGUACCUCAAACCCCUCAGCAGUGCGCGCGGAGUGGGGUUGAGUAAUGCUGCCCAGAGCAUGCUGAGCCGCCCCAUGCAGAGGAAGCUGGUGACUCUGGUGCACUGUCAGCUGGUGGAAGAGGAGGGCAGGGUCAGGGCCAUGCGGGCAGCACGCUCUUUGGGUGAAAGAACUGUCACCGAGCUCAUCCUACAGCACCAAAACCCCCAGCAGCUCUCCUCCAACCUGUGGGCUGCUGUAAGAGCCAGAGGCUGCCAGUUCCUGGGCCCAGCCAUGCAGGAGGAGGCACUAAAGCUGGUGCUGUUGGCCUUGGAAGAUGGAUCUGCUCUUUCCAGGAAGGUUUUGGUCCUCUUUGUGGUUCAGAGAUUGGAACCGAGGUUUCCUCAGGCCUCCAAAACCAGUAUUGGACAUGUAGUUCAGCUCCUCUACCGUGCCUCCUGCUUCAAGGUGACUAAACGAGACGAGGACUCAUCGCUAAUGCAGCUGAAAGAGGAAUUCCGCACAUAUGAGGCACUUCGGCGGGAACAUGACUCUCAGAUUGUUCAAAUCGCCAUGGAGGGAGGACUCCGCAUCGCCCCUGAUCAGUGGUCCUCUCUGCUCUAUGGAGACCAGUCCCAUAAGUCCCAUAUGCAGUCCAUUAUUGACAAGCUGCAGACACCAGCGUCGUUUGCUCAGAGUGUGCAGGAGUUGACCAUCGCACUGCAGAGGACUGGUGACCCCGCCAACCUCAACCGGCUAAGACCUCACCUUGAGCUGCUCGCUAACAUUGACCCCAGUCCAGAUGCACCUCCACCUACCUGGGAGCAGCUGGAGAAAGGGCUUGUGGCAGUAAAGACAGUGGUACAUGGCCUGGUGGACUUCAUCCAGAACCACAGUAAGAAGGGUGCUGACACGCAGCAGCCGCCCCAGCACAGCAAAUAUAAGACCUAUAUGUGCAGAGACAUGAAGCAGAAAGGAGGCUGUCCCAGAGGAGCUAGCUGCACCUUCGCCCAUUCUCAGGAAGAGCUGGAAAAGUACCGCAAAAUGAACAAACGUCUUGCAGCGCGGUUGCCCUGCACUCCUGGCUUGCUGCCUGAUGAGGUGGUUUCUCUUGAGCCUGGGCGAAAAGCAUCAGCCUUUACCAACGGCAUUGUGACACCUGGUCCUGGGACGCCUCUCCCUCAGCUCAUCCCCAGAGGCACUGACCCCUCUGCAUAUGACCUCCUAUCCAAGCCCAAGAUGGAUUCUAAUAUGAGUGCUCCUGGGUCACCACCAGACUGUUUGGAUAAACCUGGCCUGGCCCUGACACCUCACCCCAGGGUUGAGCACUUACCCAUGCCCAAGCAGGUGCCAUCCAUGCCCAGAGGUGCGCCACAGAUGUAUCCUCAACAGCAGCCCGAGCUCUUCUACCCAGAGCCAGGCAAACCUCCUCCCUCAGGAUCUCAGUAUGAUGCUCAGUACCCAGCAGGCAACCCCUACCCUUAUCAACCUCCACAGUAUGUACCUCCCCGCUACAUCCGUAACCCACCUCCCCCAGGCGAGUCUGCAGUGUCCCCUUACCCAGAGCCCUACCCAGGUUAUGGCCCAGAGCGCCAAUAUCAGAGCCACCACUCCGGUCCUCCUUUCUCAGCCCACCCCUAUGCACCACCCUCCCAUUAUAGCCGCAGACAUGGACACUAUCCUCCACCUCCAUUUGCCCCUUCCAGAGACGACUUGGUGAGGAUGAGCCCGGUUCCUUUGGAUGUUCCCCCAGCCCCUAUGCAUCCACCUCCAGCAGGGAGUUCAGGGUCUCUGUACCACCCCCAGGAGAAUUUAUCCCGAGACAGAUACCCACCUGAUGGUUACUAUCCUCCUGGACCACACCCCAGCCAAAUGAGGUCCCACAUAAGAGACCCGUACAGCCGCUCUCAGCCCAGUCUGGACGACUUGCACCGCAGGCGUAAGGAGCUGCUGGUCCAGCUGGAAGAAAGGAAAGUCAUCUCUCCUCCACCUUUUGCUGCCUCCCCCACCCUGUCCACUCACCCAUUUACCAACGACUACCCUCAGGAGUAUUUGGAGGAUGGCUCUAAAGCUUUUGGAAGUCGGGAGCCGGACUAUGCUGGGCAGUAUUCCCCCUGGUCAUGUGACACCAUAGGAUCAUACAUUGGCUCCAAGGAUGCUAAACCAAAAGAUGUCAGUAGUGCUGUGGAGAUGAUGAAUGCAGAUGGAAAAAUUCUCCACGAGCCUCCAUUGGAUGCCCAGCGACGCUCUGCAGAAGCCAAAGAUGAUGAUCCCAUCAUUCCCUUUGGUCCUCUGCCCACAGUGUCCCCCUUUGGAGCCAUUUCACGCACCUCUAAAACGGGUUACCAGACCACUGGGCCAGUACAGGCCAUGGCCUCUUCACAGGUCUCGGGUUCCAAACACAUGACAGCAGACUACUCGUAUGGAAACCACAGUGGUUGGGGUGGAGCAUCUUACCCUCAACACCAGAGCAUGAACUCUCAGGGACACUUCAGCGAACGUCUGCCCGUUUCUGGCCCUGAUCGUGAGCAGCUCAAGAUUGAACUCCAGCAAGUCAACCAACAGAUCAGUCAGCAGACCCGUGGCAUGGAGGCUGCCAGUAACUCCAUGCUCCUGCAGAGAGAGGCGUGUGCACUGGCAUCUCAGCCUGCACCGGCAAUGAAGUGGUCUUCAGGUGACGCUGUGUCCAGUGAGCAGCUCAGCAUGGAGCUUCAUCACGUAGAGCGAGAGAUCGGAAAGAGAACCCGUGAAAUCGCCAUGGAGAACCAGGUGACCCAUGAAUACAAGCUGAAGGCUACAGAGAAUGGGCAGCCGGACCAUAAAGCCCAGCUGGAGGAACUCUCUUUAGCUUUGGGUGAGGUGUCUAAUGGAUCCAGUGGCAUGAAGCCAGCCAGUAAUAUGGGUGGAUCUAUGCUGUCUCUGAACAAUAAGACAUCUUCUCUCACCCUCUGCUCGGCUGAGCAAGCGGCGAGUAGCUCAGACCUUCAAAAGAAUGGUGUUGUUCACUCUUGCUCAUAAGCGUAUUUACACGCAAGCGGCACACACGCACACGCAUACACUCACACGAACAACCUCACCGCCUCCAAAGGUCAAUAUUCUUUCUUGGGAGGGCUUAAAAACAUCUAUUGACUAAUUCAGCCUCAAGAAAUGGAGGAUCAUGAGAAUGACGUCAAGAUGCAUUUUUUAAUAUUCAGAAGGGACGUAUUCUCACACACAAGCGCACACACAUUUGCAUGCUGCUACGUGCAUGCACAAACACAAACUUCUCUGUUGUUUUAUUUAGAGAAAUGAGCAGUAUCUGCCGUGAUAUACAUUUUCUUUCUUUUUGUUCUGUGAAUGAGCUUUUUGUUUUAAAUGACUUCUCAUUGCCUGGAAACCAGGGCAUCUGAAUAAUGCUUACUUUUUGUUGUUUCCCCCAAAUAUCGACAAAGAACAGUAAACCCAAAGCUAGCAUGGAAAAGAUGAGGCAAAUUUGAUCAAAACAGGAAUCCAGCACACAAUUUUUAGCAUCAGGGCUAGUUGCUGAUUUGUGACUGCAGUCGGGGCCUCUGUUGAAACGUUUAACUCCCUGGAUCUUUGCAGCCUUGAAUAUGAUCUGACUCACCAGGUUUAAAGUAGCAUGGAGAACCUUUUAUGAAUCCAUUUUUAUGGACCGUUAACACGGGUCUCCCCACAUGAAACACAACCGUGGCAGUGUAUCGCUGUAAGGCAGUAAGAUUGAGCUCUGGAUAACACAAGGGAAAAUAUAUAUAUAUAUAUAUAUAUAUAUAUAUAUAUAUAUACACAGUAUAUAUCUACAUAUAUAAUCAGUUGUCAGGUUUCGUUUAAAUGAUCGCUUGGCUAUAUAACUGUUAAGGAAUUUGUAAAUGUAUGAUAACGUGUCUAAAGCAUUCUGUUUUAUAGAAUGCAAACAAAUGUCUUUAAAAAUGAGCACUUUUUUCCCAUGUUUUUCCAUGAGUGUGUGCUUUUUAGUAGAAGAGGUGCAACACUUCAAGUCCCUUGUGUUCUUCAGAGCUUUGUGGUUCAGGGUUAUUUUUUUCCCGCACCUUGUGCCACAGUUGUUGCGCAAGAUUACAGUCUAUUAGGAAAUAAUUUCACCAGUUUUCCCUAACUUCUGUGAAGUUGCUUAUUUGGCUCUCCUGGUUGAGUUUGCAUAUUCGGGUCUUGCCUCUAAAUCGCUGCAUAGAAAUAUACCAGGGUGUGUAGUUUCAACAAAACUGGGUCCUGUCGAGUUACAGUUUUGACACUCUGGAGAAAAUUCCUGAAAAUCCUGAUGGGUAGCCAGACUGGUGUUCAUAUUAGAUUAGCUAUUUAAUGUCUUUUAAAUUGCAUAGAUAUGUAAAUUACCUCUUUAUAAUUUCUUUAAUUUGUUCAGAAUCAAUUCUCCAGAGAAAAUUACAAAUUUCUGUAGAAAUAGUUUGUAAAAACCAUUCUUGCAUAAAUUAUCGCAAUUAAUUGUACAUAAGAAUGGUUUUACAAACGAUUUCCACAAUUAUUUAGCUCGUGUUUCAUGAUUGAGGCCCAUUGAGUUUAUACCUCUGUUACCCUACUUUGACUUAUGUGUGUUUUUACACAAUCUGUUCAAUGACUGUUUAAAAACAAGGCCCCAUAAAACAAAGAGAACAAGAUUAUUUGAAGUCUGAAGUCUUCCUAUAGUGAUGACAUUCUUCACGUGUGACAUUUUGUUCUAGUCUCUUGAGACCGACUAUGAUAUGCAGCUCCAAUUUUGGGUGCAACCUCUUAACAUGUAAUCUUUGUCAUUUUUGUGCUAUAGCUGUGGUGAUAUAGUUGAUUUCUCUUAUUAUUAUGAUGACUUGUAGUCAUGGUCAUUAUUGAAUCUUUUUGCUCGUGAAAGAGCACACAGCUUUUUCAAGCAAUCGUCAAGAUUGAAGUCGCGCUGUGCUGACACGUAGAGAUGACGUCGACCUUUCUGAUGAGGUUUAAACUUAUUGUGUGAUCGCUUAGUAAAUUCUCCAGAAUGUCAUCUUUCUCAAUGCUAAAUUGUUACCACCUCCCUCUCCUUGACUAGGAAAUACAAUUCUCUAUGAAUUUUAGUAGCAUUUUUCCAUGCUGUUGAAGAUGAAAAAUCCCAUGACCUAGAUAAUGCAUUGCCUGAUUUGAGAUGUGCUGUGUAGGGCUAGCUAAUGAUUUCUUAGCUGAGCCUCUUGUUUCCUUUCUGGUGAAUCUGACCCCAAACUAGAGCUUUAAGAUCUUUCCAUCUGCUCAUAGGGUUCUAAGCUUUGAAGUAUUCUGUAAUUAGCUUUACCCCAAAACAGAAAAAAAUAGUAAAAAUUGCUAAAGGUAAAUUAAGCUGAUUUUUAGGACCAUAAAUAGUAUUUGGUAUUGUGUGAUACUAUCACAUAUAUAUAUAUAUAUAUGUAUAUGUAUUAUUCUGUGAUGAGCAUAAAUUAAUGACAGUACAACAAAUUCUACCAUAAUGUAUAAAUACUUUGCUUAAUGGUCCUGAAAAUAAAAUAAAAAUCUGAAAUGUAUUUUACACAAGGUAAAUGAAGCUGAUUUUUAGGACCAUUACGAAUUUUGGUAUUGUGGCCAUAUUUUCAUGACAAUUGCGCUCAUAAUUCUCAUAAUAUGUUAGGACAUUUUACUUUGUAAUACUAAAAAAGAAAAUUCCAUUCUCAAUGGUUAUUCUCAUUAGAUGCAAGUAAUUUUACUAUAAUACAAUGCUAUAUUCCAGUAAAAAAAUGACAAAUACAUUAUAUUUAAAUCAGCAUAAAUUGAAGGCAGUACAACAAAUACCAACAUUAUGUAUAAAUACUGAAUUACUCUUGUGCUACUGUAAUGAGAAUUCAAUUUUUUCAAAAUAAAAAAAUAGCACAAUUCAGAAAUUAUUAACGGUCCUAAAAAUAUGCUAAAUUUUCUUUAUGCAAAAUGUUACGUAUUUCUUAUUAGGGAUUAAAAUUUGACCCAGGCAUGUACUUGACAGGUUUGUGAAAUUCACCCAGUUGUUGAAUACACUUUCAAAAUCGAUCACUAUUACGUGCCACCUCACCCAUCCAAUCUGCAUUUCUUCAAUGAUUUCCAUCUGAAUUAGCCAAAUUAAUUAAUUUCUUUAAAUUGAGGAAAAUUGCACAAGGAGGAUAUAAUACACUCACUGAAUUCCCUUUGUAUUCAAACGGUAAAAUAAAAUGAUUGCUUACUGCUUAAACUGGCAUAGGAUAUGUUCAGAAAGUGGCUACUCGAUAAGUGACAUCGAUAAAGGCAUAUGAACCUGAUUAACCACAGUACAUGGCAAGGCUUGUUAUACGGAAAAAAGGAAUUUUGCUUUGUAUCGUCAUCCUCUUGCUGUUUGCCGAACUGAAUUUACAGGAGCUUUGCUAACACGCUCCAGUCAUCAUCAGCAUUGGGAUUUCUUUGGUUCUGUGCUAGCGUGAUGAGCAUUUGGUUUCGCAAUGCUAAUCGCUUCUAUGAUAAUUAAACAGCGCCUGACACAUUAACCAACACUUCUCGGGUGUGCUGAUAUUUUUUCAUUUGGCUUUCACAGAGUGCCCAAAGCUGUAUUACAGUAAGCAUUCUCGAGUGAUGCACUGACAGGAUGCUUUUUAUUUUAAUCUUUGGAUUAUAUGGGUAUGUGCUAUCUUGCUUGGGUUCUGUAGAUCUCCUUUUCUGUAAUUAUCAGUGAUCUCACUGAGCUAAUUACUUCUGCGUGGAUAUUUUUCGUUUGUUUUACGAUCAUGUUAACCAUCCACACAUAGCGACUUAAUGGGAAAAGACUCAGUAAGGUUCAUUUACAGUUUCGUGCAUGAGGUUUUUUCCCUCAACAAAGAAAUUGAAGGAUAACGUGGUUUUCUUUGAGAAUGGGUCUGUUCCUAAUAGAUGAUAUUCAUUUCUCUGCCUGGAUUGUGUCUGUUUUGAACAGACCCGUUGAAUUCAUUUAAAUGAAAAGCAAAUUAACUCAUUUUGAACCUUAUAACACUGUUAUGGCUGUCUUUUUUUUUUUGUUAAUUUUAAUUUUUUAUUCCUAACUUUUUGGGAAAUGUAAUGGCUUUUUUAUGAUUACUUCCAAGUUGUCUUGUAAAAUCUCUUAAAUUAAGGUACAGGCUCAAUUUCAACAAGGAAAGGUUUUAUAUAUAAAUAUAUAUUAUACUCCAUUAAGGAAUGUUUAGAACCAUCUUACUCCAAUGUGGAUGUAACCAUUAUUACGCCAUUUUAUGACUUUGUAAAAGAAUUCACUGUGUGAAAAUUGGUUUGCAUUUUUGUAUAAUACAAUCUGCUUUUUUUGUUUGAUCGAAAGGAGAGGGAGGUGAAACUGGAUGUUAAAGGACAAGAUUAAAAAAAAUAAUUUAACAGAAACCUGUGAUAUGGGAAGAAAAUGUAACUUGUGCACAACAAUGAUUCUAAAUGAGGGAUGGAAUAAACAAUAUUGGUAACACUGCUAUAAA